UUCCUGAAGUUAAGUUUGGGGCAGGAGCCUGGCACCAUGGCGAGGAGCCGGGGGGGUUACCAGCGUGCCUUCUCCGCCUGCCCGGUGGUGCUGUCUGAUGGUGCCGAGCCCCUGGAGGAGGAUGCUGGUGGCACAGAGGUCCUGUGGUCCCUCCACAGCCAGUGGGGCUGGGCACCAGCGCUGCCCCGCACCAGCCUGCAGCGCAUCCCAUUCCAGGCAGAGCGCUCGGCCAGCAUGAUUGAGAGCUGCUGGGAGGGUGCGCACACCUCGUCCCGCUACAAGACCGAGCUGUGCCGUACUUACGAGGAGAGCGGGGCCUGCAAGUACGGGGCCAAGUGCCAGUUUGCCCACGGGGUCAGGGAGCUGCGAGGCCUGAGCCGCCACCCCAAGUACAAGACGGAGCUGUGCCGGACCUUCCACUCGGCCGGCUUCUGCCCCUACGGCUCCCGCUGCCACUUCAUCCACAACGCGGAGGAACAGCGCCAGCCCCUGCGCCUGGGGGGUGGCUCCCCCGCCCACUGCGGCUUCUCCCUGUCGCCCCCACCCUCCGCCUCCCAUAGCCCCUUGCUGCCCCUGCCAGUAGGGCUGGCUGGGCCCUGCUGCUGCCACCACCCAGCUGGGGAUUCCCCCUGUCUGGCCUUUCAAGCUAGUGCUGCCACCACCACCGUGAGCCAAGAUGGAGCAGGAGGGACCCUGGCUGCCCCCAGUGCCUUUGCCUUUCCUGGGCAGCUGUUACAAAGAAGCUUGUCGUGCGACUCCCUCUCCGAUCAGGAGGACUCGGGAGGCAGCAGCGGGUCUGAGUCGCCGGGUCUGAGGCCCGGCGGGCACCGGCUCCCCAUCUUCAGUCGCCUGUCUGUCUCUGACUAGCAGGUGCUCAGUGAGCCUUUGGCACUGUGGUCCUUGCUUCCCCCUCCUCUGCCCCCUUUCCUGGGGGUAAUGUUUAAAUUGUGGCUCCCUGCCUGGACUCGGGGACCUGUGGGUGGGUUGGAGGCUAUCGGGUCAGAGCAGAAAGGGUUAAUAGACUCCCAGGCUGUGAGAUUAACUGGGUGGGGGGCCAAACAUAAGCCCCGCCUUUCCCUCUGGGAUCAGUGAUCACUAAGCCAUGGGCUGGACCACCUCCCUCUGGUGUAAAUGCGUUCCACUCCUGGCGGAACUCACCAGUGCGGCAGAAGAGAGGAGAACAAGGCAGGGGAAAGGGAGUGUGCUUUCCCCAUCACCAUGUGCCACAGACCGUUGCUUAUACCAGUGCAUGUUGCUGCUCCAUCUGAUCCAGCAGCACCUUGCGCUGGUAUAAACAGCCAGGCCAGGUGGGGGAAAAAACCCCUCUCCUGGGUGGCGAACAGAGUCUGGCUAUUCCCACUUCUGUGCGGGGAAGCGGAGGUGGGGUGAGGUGCUGACAGCUGCAUCUCCUGCUGGGGGUGGAUUCUGGGUCAGAUGUGACCCGCAGGGCACCUCUGGGAACUCGGCUGGGUGACUUCUGAAAAGACAGCUGACCGUGAACAAGCCCAGUUGCUGGGAUUAAGGGUUUGUGGGGGGGGCCAAGUCUGUUGCUCUGCAGAAGGGGCGGUGAGACGUGAAAUAGAUGAGGUGCCGAAACUGACUGGUGACCAGUCACAUGAGGCGGCCUGGGGCAGGGGAGGUGGGGAACAGAAAGGAAACUGCUUUCCAAAGACUUUCCCGCUUCUCUUGGGCAGGCGGGCUGCAGGAAGAGGAAGAGGGUUGUAAACAGAUGAUUGUGAUCUCUGCCCUGGAGCCCUUGUGAGUGUCAUGAGCAACCCCUGUGGCCUUGCUGCCUGCCUGCUAGGUGCUGCUUCUCCCUCAGGCUCAAACAUCCAACUGCUGUUGAUCCUGCCACCCUGUGCUGCCAGCUGUGACUUCAACUUGCUGCUCAAACUCUCUACAGCCGGGCUGGGCCGUAGGACUCCCCCUCCAGCAGGGGUGCUAGCUGGACACCCCUCUCCCCUUUCUGGAAGCCUGAUCAGACCCCUCCCUGGGUGCUAAAAUGAAAGCAAACUCCCCUCCUCCUUUGCUCGUGAAAUCCCAGUUUGGGAGGCUUUGGCAGGCAAUUCCUGGCUUUCCUGCCGGCUUUCUGCCCCCGCCCUCUCCUCUCAAGUCCUCUGGAUCCCCCACAGGGAGGAGCUAGAGGCUGCCUCUUGGCAUAGCAAUCAGGUGGAAUAUGAUAGCAAAUUAACUAGCAUUUUGGGCAGGGGGUCCAGCAUCUGGCAAGCAAAUAGAGCUGGUGUUCCCCAGCUCCACCACUGUACCCCAGGCUAGAUUUCUCCAGGUAGCUGUCCCUGUCCAGGCUCGAGCUCCUGGGCAAAACCUGCCUGUUCUUAAAGGCCUCAGCUCCCUACAGCAAAACUGACCCUGAUCUUUGGGGCUGAAUCACACCAGGGCCAGAUUCUGUAAGAGGAUUUAGAUUUAAAUUGGGGCUGCUGACUUUCUUCCUCCUCCCAUCCCCUCCUGUUUCAAAUCCACCUGCUAUUCUCUGCCCCCGUUGGGCUGGGAAUGGCGCAAUAUUCGGCUAGGGAUUAAUUUCAGUCUGUCCCUAUAAGAAGGGUGGACCCUCACCUCUGCAGGAUCCGUAUGCUGGCUGGCUGCUCUAGAUGUCUUUCCCUCUUUCAGCCAUCUUCUGCUCUUUUGAAGAAAGCUAUUCCUCUUUAAAGGUAGCAGGAGUUCUCUGUUAGCAGGGCUAGUGGUUAAGGUAAGGAGUUUUUAGGGAAUAAUGUAAACUCCAUGGAACUCAUCAAACCCGUGCAUCUAAGGGCUAUUUUAGGGAAUAGUGUAAAUUCCAUGGAACUGCUCAAACCUGUGCAUCUAAGGGUUAAUCUAUGUGGGAAGGAGAUGGACUAGAAUCUCUUCUUUGGAAGCUCACAAAUUAUUCCAGCAUGACAAUUCUGGAAUAAAGUUUGCUCUGGAAUGGAGCAGGGAUGUAGGGAGCCCAUCCCCAGACAAGCCUGUGGUCAAAUGUAAGAUUGUGAGAGCCUCAGUCUGAGGGGCUUUUAUUAUUUUAAACUAUUUAUUAUCUUUAAAUCUAUUUCUAAUAUUUGGAACCAAAUUCUUUUAGAGGAGCUUAAACUUAUUUUAGUUUAUCCUGUGCACUGAAAUCUCAGGACCAGUGCUUGCCUUAUGUUUCUGACUAAGCAUUCUGACUGUAAGCAUGCUGAAUCUAACUUAUUGUAAAGCUGUAUUUGGUUUAUUUAUAGUGGUUUCACUCUGCUUUUUUGUAUGGUUCUAUAAAAUUAAUAUAAUGAGUGACUCUUAUCUAUUGUACCUAUUACCUGACUGGAAUAAAACUGUCUUUUUUGUGCAUCUGGCA